CUUUCCAUAGCGGAAGGAGGAGUCGCAACAUGAGCUCCAAAAUCUGGCAGAGAGCCGGACCCGGAAGACAGAGAAAGAGAUAUAGAUAGAACAGCGCUCAUCUAAGGCUCCUCUUCCAGAUCCAUACGAGAUCCCCAGGACCUGAACCGGCUAGCUGCUUCUUUUUCUUUUUUUGAAAAGAUACAGAGAAAAUAAAGGGUCUUUUUGUGAGCAUUACACAAACGACUGACAUGCAGUCUCGCUGAAGAUAAUAAGUCUAACGGCGCGGUUCACAGGUGCUGUUUUAAUAUCACGUGAAGCGCUUAAUUGAACUUGAUCAGGCAGGCCUAUAAAUAGGCAUGAUGUUACACAAGCUUCAGAUACAAGUCACGCGCGAGGGCGCUUCCCAAAGCGUUGAGCUAACGCAACGUGGAGUUCCCUUUGAAAGGGAAUACACUCUCCCUUUCUCUCCUCCUCUUAGUCACACACACACACAACAAUGCAAAACUACUGAUAAACCCAACAAGAAAUCUUCCAAUCAUAUGACAUCAAUCAAAUUUUCUAACUUGGCAAAUACAUGGUAUUGGCUCUCAAAGACCAAAAAAACAAAAGUACUACAGCAUAUUACUACACUAAACGCAGACACAUCCUUACUACAAGAAACACAUUACUCAGAAUCAGACCGUCACAAACUACACCCUGCAAUUUACCCACACUUUCUCUGCCCACUACAACUCAAAGAGGUGUAGCCAUCUUAAUAAAUAAAAGAAUAACAUUCACACAGAACAUUACUAUCAGAGAUCCUGAAAACAGAUACAUUAUAAUAUUAUAAUAAACAUCUCUAUUAGCAACAAUCCAAUAACUAACUAACUAACUAACUAACUAACAAAUAAAUAAAUAAUUAAAUAAAUAAAUAUGGAGCAAACACUGAUCACCAAUUUCCGUAACUUCUUCACACAUCUGGCAGUCUUCCCAGACUCCCAAAUUAUGAUCAGAUAUGACUUUAACACAGACAUCAACCCAGACUUAAGCACUAUACAGACAGCACUAGUUUUCCAGGGGGACAUUAGAGAAAUUCAUGUUUCACAGACAUACUUCGCAAUUUUAAUCCUGUCCCAAUCUGCCAAAUCUAUGUUUUCCUCACACAACCUCUGUACAUAUUCCAGAACAAAUUACCUACUUUUUUUUGGGAAACUCAGUGAUUAUAGACAGUGACUAUGUUUAAGUAAAUCUAAUUAUUGACCUUAUUAUCUUAUUGAAUAAGACAAUAUUGUGAUUAAGGUGUAUACAUCAUGUUCCUGUUUUACACGUUAUAGAACAUAGUUCGAUUAACGUCACAUGUCAUUACGUCCCCACGCCACACCGUCCGACGUUCCCUCGAGAAUUUCACCUAUCAACAUACAGUUCGUCUUCGUUAUGGUACCGUAUACAGUUUUGGGUGUUUCAUUUUUCAUUUUACGAAAGCUUCAAGUGCAGUUAAUUACUUGUCAUGCUAUACAUGCAAAGAGACAACUGCUUGAAGCCACGGGCUGCGUCUGAAACCGCAUACUUACCUACUAUAUAGUAUAUAGAAAUAUGUGUAUUUCGCCUACUAUAUAGUAGUAAGUAUGCGGUUUCGGACACAGCCGUGCUCUCUUGGUUGCCGUCAAAUGGUUGAGCACUGCCGUGUGUGAUCGUGUCUUGUCGCAAAAUGCGGCGAAAACUCCCACACGGCGUUAAUAGUGUGAUUAAGGUGUAUAUGUGUCUAUAAUGCACCUCGAUAAUGUGACUAAAAUAGGAAUACUCCACGUCUUAAUUCGAUUUGUGUUUACUUCGCGUAUGACUUUAGCCAGAUUAAGGUAAUCAAAAAUCACUGUUUACAUGGUAGUUUCUUAAUCAGAGUAUUGUUUUAAUCAAGUUAAUAUCGGAUUAUUGUUGUCCAUGUAAACAUACUGAAUGAUAGAGGCCGCAUUGCGGCUGGAUCGUACAUCUACUUCGCUGCUGUCACGAUUCCCCCUUGAAGCAGCGUGCUCGAAGCGCGAAUGCGCGAGCACCUGCUUUUCCGCUGUUGGCCGUAGGGACAUCGGGACACUUGGGGUUUGUUUAUGUUUGUCAUGUCUCCUCCCUGUUCCGUCAUUGGCUGGGAAGUCACGUGUGUCCGGAUUACCCUCAGCUGUUAGCAGUUGCGAGGGUAAUCAUGUCCGCAUAUAUACCGCGCGCUUCCCAGCACACAACGCGGAAGAUUAAGUUAGUAAGUAAGUAAAUAAUACGAAGUGAAUGUUUAGCGUUAGUGUAAUUCGUGUCAUAGUCAUAGUCAUAGUCGUAGUCGUAGUCAUAGUCAGUCAGUUCGUGCUGGAUAUCCGCUUCUAGUUAAUCGUCUUAGUUCGUGUCUUGUUUUGUGUAACGACCUAGAUUCCUGCCUUGCCCAGUGUAUGCCUGUUUGCCAAUCGCCUGACCUCUUGCAUGUUUAUGGAUUACGCCUUGGAUCACGUUUUGGAUUUGUCUGCCUGUCUGUCGUCAAAAUAAACACUGUUCACCCUGCGCUUGCAUCCGCCUUAUCUCUGCUCCGUCACGGUGUGUGACAGAAUCUUCCGCCGAAACAUGGAUGCAGCAGGAGAACGGAGGAGACGCGGAACCCGGAAGUCGACGCCAACCGUCCCCGCUAUGGACUCCGUCCACUUCCUACAAUGGACGUUUAUGGAGCUUCCGGACCCAUUUGACGGAUUUUUCGGUGCCCCAGAGUAUUUCCUGGUAGACUGUCAAUACUACUUCGCCAGUCUGUUAGACCCUAAGCCAGAGGAGAAGCAAUGGCUCCGAUUUAUGUGGUCCCGGUUCUUUGGACCGGCCUGUCAAUGGGUUCAGCUUAAACUGGAGAAAUACUGUAGGAACCUGGACGGUGUAGAACAGUUUGUGGGGGAUUUCAUGUUGCGAUUCGGGAGUCCGGAGGCGAAGGAGGAGCUAGAACAACUUCUCAGGGGUGUAAGUCUGGAAGGCGAACCUGCCCUGCCGUUUACCCACUACUACAGGCAACGUCAUACAGAGCUCAACCCUGAGAUCCAAGCCAAGCCUCCAGUCAGGAAAGUCCAAGUCCCAGUCAAGUCUCAUGUCCCUGAUGUCCAAGUCCCAGUCAAGUCUGAAGUCCCUAAGGUCCAAGUCAAGUCUGAAGUCCCUAAGCGCCAAGUCAAGUCUGAAGUCCCUAAGCUCCAGGUCAAGUCUCACGUCCCUGAGCUCCAGGUCAAGUCUCACGUCCCUGAGCUCCAGGUCAAGUCUCACGUCCCUGAGCGCCAGGUCAAGUCUCACGUCCCUCAGUGCCAGGUCAAGUCUCACGUCCCUGAGCGCCAGGUCAAGUCUCACGUCCCUGAGCGCCAGGUCAAGUCUCACGUCCCUGAGCGCCAGGUCAAGCCUCCAGUCCCUGAGCGCCAGGUCAAGCCUCCAGUCCCUGAGCGCCAGGUCAAGCCUCCAGUCCCUGAGCGCCAGGUCAAGCCUCCAGUCCCUGAGCUCCCGUUUAAGCCUGCUGACACGCCCAGCCAAGCUCUGCUCACGCCACAGGCUGCUGACACGCCCAGCCAAGCUCUGCUCACGCCACAGGCUGCUGACACGCCCAGCCAAGCUCUGCUCACGCCACAGGCUGCGGACAUGCACAGCCAAGUUCUCCUCACGCCCCAGUCUGCUGACACGGCCACCCAAGCUCCGCCGGUGCCCAAGGUUCACCUGGUGACCUCAGAACCUCAGCCUUCCUGCUCCAUGGUGAACGGCGUUCUCCCCUUCUGCGACGAGGAGACCCACGUUCCUCUCCCUGGCCGUACGGAGACCCACGCUCCUCUCCCGGGCCUUACAGGGGACUUCGCUCUGCCUACCCGUUCAGCUGGGGACGUCGCUCCGCUUUCAGGCUCCGACGAGGACGUCGCCCUGCCUCCCUGCUCUGCUGAGUACAGUGCUCUGUUUCUCUGUCCAGCUGAGGUCGUCGCUCAGCCUCCCUGUCCAGCUGAGGUCGUCGCUCAGCCUCCCUGUCCAGCUGAGGUCGUCGCUCAGCCUCCCUGUCCAGCUGAGGUCGUCGCUCAGCUUUCAUGCUCCGCCGAGGAUUUUCCUCAGCCCGCCUGCCCGGCUGUGGACGUCGCUCUGCCUCCAUGCUCCGCCGAGGACUUCGCUCAGCCCGCCUGUGGACGUCGCUCUGCCUUCAUGCUCCGCCGAGUACAGUGCUCUGUUUCCCUGCUCCACCGAGGACAUCGCUCAGCCUCCCUGUCCAGCUGAGGUCGUCGCUCAGCCUCCCUGUCCAGCUGAGGUCGUCGCUCAGCUUCCCUGUUCAGCUGAGGUCGUCGCUCUGCUUCCCUGUUCAGCCGAGGUCAUCGCUCUGCUUCCCUACGCCGCCAAGAACACCGUGCCGUUUCCUGGCUCUGCUCGGGACAUUCAGCCCAGGGGGCCGGGGCCGCCAAUGAAGAUGGAUGACUCAUGGCACUCCGGGAGGAGUGCCUUUAGGGGGGGGGUUCUGUCACGAUUCCCCCUUGAAGCAGCGUGCUCGAAGCGCGAAUGCGCGAGCACCUGCUUUUCCGCUGUUGGCCGUAGGGACAUCGGGACACGUGGGGUUUGUUUAUGUUUGUCAUGUCUCCUCCCUGUUCCGUCAUUGGCUGGGAAGUCACGUGUGUCCGGAUUACCCUCAGCUGUUAGCAGUUGCGAGGGUAAUCAUGUCCGCAUAUAUACCGCGCGCUUCCCAGCACACAACGCGGAAGAUUAAAUUCCUGCCUUGCCCAGUGUAUGCCUGUUUGCCAAUCGCCUGACCUCUUGCAUGUUUAUGGAUUACGUCUUGGAUCACGUUUUGGAUUUGUCUGCCUGUCUGUCGUCAAAAUAAACACUGUUCACCCUGCGCUUGCAUCCGCCUUAUCUCUGCUCCGUCACGGUGUGUGACAGCUGCCAUAUUGGACUGGGCAACUUGCCACAAUUCUCAGGCAGCUGUACUGGAAAAAAGAUGUCUGUCUCGUGUGCAGCUUGGGGCACAAUCCAAACCAGAUCUCGGGGGAUUACCUUUCACAGGUAAGAUUGAACAGUUGUUUCUGGUUGUAUAACUAGUUGGCCACCAGAGUCAGCUUAUGUUCUUAUUUUCUACAAUUGAGAUUUAUAUUUCCGUUUUUCUUCAAACUGACUUUUGUGACGAGCAACUCGUUUCGGCUGAGAGACUGACAUACAUAUUGUGAAUGUGACUAGUGAGCUGGCUAGCUAACUUUUCUCACACUUUGAAGGUUUCCCAAAGAGAAGCAUUUAAGGAGGUAGUGGGAAGUAGCUUCAAGAAGGGAACGAUUUUUCGCUAGUGAGUCUUCCAUGCUAUGCAGUGAGCACUUCAAGCCAGAGUACUUUAACAGGACAGAUCAGACUGUCAGGAUUAGAGAUGGUGCUAAACCUUCAGUUUCUCAACUGAACUCAGUAGGUGUAUUGAUAGGCUAAAAUUAUUUGAUCGCUUGUUAUCAAAUCAUGGCUUGUUUAUGUUUAUAUAUAUUUAUAUUAACGCUUUAACGCAUGCAAUUAAUCUAAAACUUUUAACACAUUUUUUUUCGCAAAUUAAUCAUUUGAUCAAGUUUGACCCUAACUUCUUCCCGCAGACGCUGUCUACUCUGUUGAACAGCAAGCUACAUUAUAAAAAGCUUUCAGAUGGAAGUUUUGAUAAAAACCGAAGUUGUGUGCACUUAUUGCAGUGAUUAACUGUCCUUCCACCAAAGCACGACAAGUCUGAAGUACCAUCUUCAGGCGAAACACUUUUUUUUAUGUUAGCAAAGAUGCUAGUGCUGAAGCAGGGUCAACAAUCGACACUGGCGGAAUGCAGCCAGGGCAAGUUUGUCAACAAAGCUGCACUCAUUCACUCUAUGCGUGUUAAAAACAGAAGAAAGGCAUUUUGCCGAAGCAUUCGCUAGCCAGUUUCUCAAAGUUGCAAAUGAGUGGGAGAUAACGGGUAAGGUCACAACUAUAGGAAAAGACAGCGCUCGCAAUAUGAUUGCCGUUGCAAGGAGUCUAGCAUUCGAGCAUGUGCCGGGUGUGGCGCACAUGACACAAAGGGUGAUUUAUAGGACAGCGGAUUUUUUUGUGACCAAUUGUUUUUUAUCGGUUUUAUAUGAAGGAGGUCAAUUACAGAUUGCCCAG